AUGUCGGCCGAGCACGUCCCGUGGGCCGCCGCGAUUCUGUGCUACAUCCAGUACGCCAUCCUCAUCACCUUUGGCCACCUCCGUGACCACGCCGGCAGCAUCUUUGGCGGCUCGCGCUACUCGGACAAUGCCAAGAAGGGCUACGCCCCGCUCCUCGUGGCUUUUGAGAACUUUUACACGAAACGGAUUUAUCACCGUCUCCAGGACGUGUUUAAUCGACCAGUCGCUGGAUCACCUGGCGCUCAGAUUGAUCUGAUUGAGCGCUACUCGGUGGAUGAAAACAAGACGCUGCACAAUAAAGACGGUGCAUCCAGCGUUGUGUGA